GCUGGAUAGGGUGCUGUGGCAGGUACUUCAAAAAUAGUUAAGCUACCCCUGAAAAGUGACGUUUUUGGUGGGCUGCAAUAGAUGGCGCUACUUCCGCACGCCCGAGGAAUUACUACAUACCACUAUCUCUUCGUAUAUAGUCUCUUUGGUCCUACCAGAGCAGCAGAUCAGUCUGGAGUUGCAGCCCACAAGAGAAACACCGACAUGGCGACACCAGGCAAAGGAGCACCACUCAGCCAAGGGCAAAAGAAAUUCCUGCUGGAGCUGGUGUCGGAGAAGCCUGUCCUGCAGGACAAGUCUCAUGGGAUGGCGGUCACCCUUGAGAAGGUCAAGGCGUGGCAAGAGAUUGCUGCAGCCUUCAGCCUGAAUUACCCGGCCGAUCCCAAGUCGGAGAAACAACUUAAACGAGCAUGGGAAUACACGAAGAUGAGGCAAAGAAGAACCACAGCCACCGUGUGCAGCACAUGUUUGCAACUGGUGGAGGGAAACCCAUGCCUUCACCACUUAAAGAAGACCAGCUGAUCAUGUCAACCCUCUCGCGGGAGCUGGAACCUGCGACCCAGCAGUGUGACACCCUGGAUCCAAACAUUGUGGUCGUGGAUGCCUCUGAAGUUGAGCAAUGGCAGCCAGAGGUUCCUUCGUUUGUGAAAACCAUUCUACGUAUUGUGGAAUAUGCUCAUCAACAAGACGCCUCGGAACAUGACUUCUUUCUCUGAAUCGUGGUUUAGUUUAUUCCUAAGGAAUAUGACUUAAGCACUUAUAGUCCAGCCAAAUUGUCGAGUCCGUUUGGGCUCUGCCACAGUCCCAACACCUAUCUC